AUGGUCCAUAAGUCUAUAGUGGUGGGUCUGGUGGUGCUGCUGGUGGCAGCCGUGAGCACCUUUGUGGGAGUUUUCUUUGGUUUGGGGAGCAGUACGUCUUCGAAUGGCCAUUCCUACUUAAGGGCUGCCGUGGCAGCCGAUGCUGGCCGAUGCUCAGAAAUCAGCAGAGACACGUUGCAGAAAGGGGGCUCUGCAGUGGAUGCAUCUAUUGCUGCCUUGCUGUGUGUUGGGCUGGUGAAUGCCCACAGCAUGGGCAUUGGAGGAGGUCUCUUCUUCACCAUCUAUAAUGCCACAACUGGAAAGGUAGAGACCAUUGAUUCCAGAGAGACGGCUCCCGCCAACGCAACAGAGGACAUGUUUGGGAAUAGCACCCAGUUAGCCAAGAAGGGAAGGUUGUCCAUCGCCAUACCAGGGGAGAUCCGUGGGUAUGAGAUGGCACACUAUCGCCAUGGAAAAUUGCCAUGGAGAGAGCUUUUCCAGCCUGCAAUCCAGUUGGCACGGAAAGGCUUUCCUUUGGGCAGGGCAUUGGCCACCGCUAUUUCCAAGAACAGGGAAACCAUCAUCUGUGACACAGCUUUAUGUGAGGUAUUUUGUGACAAAAACGGUGGCAUCCCUAAGGAAAAUGACAUCAUCACCUUUACUAAACUCGUUGACACCUAUGAAAUAAUAGCAAAUGAGGGACCUAAUGCUUUUUACGAAGGGCCGCUGGCAGAGAACCUUGUGAAGGACAUUCAGGCUUCAAGUUGUAUCAUCACACUGGAUGACCUAAAGAAAUACAAGCCUUUUUUGGAUGAGAAUCCUCUCAAUGCUACUGUGGGGGGGUACACCAUGUUUGUACCCAAUGCCCCCGCCAGUGGCCCUGUCCUGUCCCUCAUACUCAGCAUCCUGGAUGGAUACAACUUUACCUCAGACAGUGUCUCCAGCACUGAGAAGAAGAUCCUCACGUACCACCGCAUGGUCGAGGCCUUCCGUUUUGCCUAUGCCAAGCGAAGCAUGCUGGGAGAUCCACAAUUCCUCCGCAUCUCUGAUCUCAUCCACAACAUGACUUCAGAUUACUUUGCCGAUGCCUUCCGUCAGAAGAUUACAGAUGAUACCACCCAUCACAUGAACUACUAUGAGAUGGAGUACUUUGUCCCCGAGAACCACGGGACAGCACAUCUGUCUGUGGUGGCAGAGGACGGGAGUGCAGUGGCAGCCACCAGCACCAUCAACCAUUUGUUUGGCUCCAAAGUCAUGUCGCAUUCUACAGGAAUCCUCCUCAACAAUGAGAUGGAUGACUUCAGCUACCCCCUCAUCACGAAUGGCUAUGGAGUGCCCCCUUCACCAAGCAACUUCAUCAGACCAGGUAAGAGGCCCUUGUCCUCUAUGUGUCCAGCCAUUCUCUUUGACAAGGGGAGCAAGGAAGUCAAGAUGGUGGUGGGGGCCUCAGGAGGAACAAAAAUCACCACGGCAACUGCCACGGUGAUUCUCAAUGCGCUGUUCUUUAACUACGACCUGAAGAAAGCUGUGGCAGAUCCCAGAAUCCACAACCAGCUGAGUCCCAACACCACACAGGGAGAGCCCGGGUUUGACGAGAGGGUGAAGGCUGGUUUGGCCUUGAAGAACCAUGAGACAGAGUUCCUGACAGCCACAUGUGCUGUGGUUCAGGCGGUGGUGCGCCAGGGUGACCGGCUUCAUGCUGAAUCUGACCCCAGGAAGUGGGGCUAUGCCGCUGGGUACUGAGACCAACCACACAAGCCACUACUAGGACUGGGAAUUGCCAGGGACCUCACAAUACGAUAUCACGAUACUUAGGUGCCAAUACAUGUAUGCGAUUCCCACAAUUAUAUAUUUAUUGUGAUUCGAUACUGUGAUUUUAUUGCGAUUUGAC